GCAAUGGUGUCUUCAACUUCAUUCUCACAAUGUACAGUGCAAAGACAAUUUCUGAAAAGUAUCUUGUGGAUCAGUUUGCUUGAAACUGAUGCAGGUUUAGCUAUGUUUCGUGCAGGUGGGAGACGCCAUUUGGCUCUCCUAACUACGAAUCUUGGACGUCGAUCAGCGUCUGGGGAAGCAGCGAAAGCCCCGCUACCGGAUUUCGACACAGAUGUGAAUAUUCCUGAGCAUAAGCUACGUCGACCCGCAGUACCACAGGGCAGCUGGUCAGGACUGGACGGGUUGAAGCAGAGAACACAGGGAUCUCUCAUACCGGAGACUCUAAAGGGCAUGGCUGAGGAUAAAGAUUUCCAAGUCACUGCUGAGCAGCUCCGUAAGAUGGGUCAGGUGAAGUGUUUCCAUGUCAGAUACUCCUGGAGAAUACAAGUCGCAAGUUCGUUAUUUCUUUCAGUGAGAAAUGCUCGUUGCCAUUCUCUUUGCUGUGGAAUUGAAACAGGAGCAAUGAGCUCACUUACCCCGGAACAGCGUCGCAGAGCCGAGGAGAGCCGGCAGAAGGCGCUGGCCAGACGCAGAACUGCUCAAACUAGUGCUUCUGCUACAAGUAACUCGACAACAGCAACCUCUGGUGGUAACUUCCACAGUAGACAUGGUGCUGCAGUUGCUGCUGGAAACCAGACAAGAGCAUUUUCUACUACUAGUAAUAGCAGUGCAUCGAAAGCCCCGGUUUCAGAAUCCCGUAGGAAUGCGUAUGCCCAGUACUAUCAACAAAAGCACCAGGGCAUUGUUCCAAGUCGACCCCUGAGCAGAUCUGAAAUGGCAGCAGCUGCCACUGCCAGUCAGCUUAUCAACGUGAUUUUUCGCAUGACGUCAAGAGAUCGCUUUGCCGCCGACCUACCAAGAUCUUCCACACAGAUAUUGGAAGUGUUCAAGUCCAUGCGCACGAAAAACUACAAUCCCGGCAAAACCGAAUGGUCAUUUGCUCUUUCGGAACACGAUGCCUUGGUGAAAAAGCUUGCGAAGCUGAACAACUGUCGACCGAAGCCGAUACCAUCCAAGGUGGUGAAGAUGCUGCUGGGCUCAGAUCCUCUGCAGAGCUCAUCUCCUGUUUUGGGACACAUUGGUCCCACGCUGCUCAAUGCUCUCUUCCCGUUCCAGAAGCAAGGUAUUGAGUUUGGAAUAUCUCGCAAUGGUCGUGUGUUGCUGGCAGAUGAGAUGGGCCUUGGCAAGACGGUACAAGCCAUAGCGCUGGCGGCUUACUACCGCAACGAGUGGCCUGUAUUGAUCGUCUCACCAUCCUCUGUUCAGUACAUGUGGGCCAAGUCGUUCCUGCAUUGGAUUCCAUCCUUGGAAGAGUCAGACGUCAAUGUGUUUCGUAAGGGCACGGAUGAUCCGAACAAGGGCCUGAUCAACAUUGCUAGCUAUGGUCUGCUAUCCCGUCAUCCUAAGCUCUUCCAGGAGGAACGGUAUCAAGUCGUCAUCUUGGACGAGUCGCACUUCAUCAAGAACCGAACAACUCAGCGUUAUAAGGCGGUGGCACCCGUACUCCAGAGAGCGUCACGCGCCAUCUUACUAUCCGGAACACCUGCUCUUUCUCGACCCAUAGAGCUCUACACCCAGGUCGAAUGUGUACGGCCGAAGCUGCUUCCUUACGCACAUCAGUACGGGAUACGCUACUGCGCUGGAUUCCAGGUCUGUCGUGCUCUUCCUGACGUGUGUGAACAUAUGUGUGUGUGUGUGUGUGUGCGCGCGCGUGUGUGUGUGUGUGUGUGCACUCUGAUUUAGCCACCCACACUAGUA